CUACAGAUCCGGUUUGGAUGCUCCCGUCGUGGGUCGAAACAGAGCCGUCCACUUCCGCAUCGAAACACGCACGAGGCAUUACUGUUGCUAGCCAGGGCCGUUACUGCGGAUCUGGAUCUGGAUCCCGCGCAAUUGCUUCACCUCGCCACACUCGGCCAGCCUAGCAACAAGGCCACCAACGUAGCUGUACUGGUGGGUCACCUGCAAGAACAGACACAAACACUGAUCAUCGUCCCCAUGUGCAGAUUAUGGUACGCAUGCAAGCAGAUGCGAGCCGAGCAAAUCACCAGCAUGCUACGGAGACCGACCGCAAGGCCUAGGUAUUCCGUCCAACUUGGUUCUGAGUGAUGGGACGUUCUGGGACCUUCGACAACACACUGCUGUUUGCGUGAUAAAAUUUAACCUCCGUCAAUCAUUCGGGUAGACCGAAAGCAAAUAAUUGCAUCGGAUAUGAGUCCGUCGAACGCCCCAUCAUCGGCCAACUCGAUUGUUCAUACCAUGCUUCUAGAUGCGACGAUUGGGUUAGUACAUCGUGUGUACCUGCACCUGCACCUGCACCUGCACCUGUUCCGUUGCGGAACAUGGGUAGCAGACAUGCGGGUCAUCCACCAGCGAACCUGGGCGGUGGAAGAGUAGAAGCGCGAGUUCCCUGCCUGUCCCUUUCAAGUUCCCGGUGGCAUUGUGGCUGGGAUUGAUCAGGGUCGUUCUGAUUUCUGGUCGAGGGCUCGGACUUUCCAACCGACAUUCGGCCACACCAACUCCGGAACUCUGAUACUUCUCCCUGUUUGUCGUCGCCUCAUGUCGCCCACGCCCUUGGCCCGAGGUUCGCACGAGGCUCUGCUGCCGUGGCAAGGCCACGGCUCACUCUUCGUCGUCGUCGCCCUCGUCGUCCUCGUCUUCGUCGCGUUGUCUGUUUCUGUGUUUGCUUCAACACCCCCCUCCCCCAGAGCCAUGUCGCAUUGAGCCUCUCACCCCGAAAACAUGUUUGGCUUGGCUGUUUGGGACGUCGGAUGGAUAUUCGACCAAUACACCUACCUUAUGAGUAUCAGAAGAGAGCAAACAAAGGGGUGUAGCAAGCCAUGAGCGCGUCAGAGGGAACGAGAGUGGGAGGCAGAGUGAGCGACGGAGGCGCGUCGCCAUCGUCCCGACUUCAGAUAUCUAGACGACUAUCAUGCGGUCUUGGACCGUCAUCUUCCUAUAAAGACAGGACCAACCUCCCGCCCCAAACCUUUUCUAUUUUCUUCAUCCCCAUCCAGCAGCAAGCAACCAGCAGUCUUUGAGUCAUCCGACCACUUCUCUCCUUCCAAUCAUUUAUUGUAUAAUUCUUCCCUGCCGGACAGGACUUACCUUCUCUCACAACAUAAUGGCUUCCAUCAAGAGCGUUUUCGCCAUUGGCCUUCUGGCCACCGCUGACAUUGUUGCUGGCCAUGCUGCCAUCAUCGCCGCUACCGGUGAUGCUGGUGGACAGGGCAUGGCUCUGGGCAUUGACUCCAGCACCCCCCGUGAUGGAACCCGCCGUGAUCCUUUCCAGCAGGACAGCACUCGUUUCAAGGGCGAAGCUGCUGAUUCGUUUGGUGAAACUGUCGGUGGCGGCACCAACAACCUGGAGACAGGCACCAAGGCUAUGAUGGCCGAGACUGGCACCAUGCUUCCUCAGGUCUCCCCCGGUGGCUCCGUCGACAUGACCCUGCACCAGGUCAACGGUGACGGUGGUGGCCCCUAUGACUGUAUGAUCAACGCUGACGGUACCGGAGCCGACUGGACCAACAUCAACGUGAUCACCACUCCUCCGGGUCAGAACUCCCGCAACCGUGAGGGCGCCAUGACCGACUUCCCUCUCAAGGCUGCCAUCCCCGCCGAUCAGGCCUGCACAGGCACAGUGGCCGGUCAGUCCAACGUGUGCUUGGUCCGCUGCCAGAACGCCGCUCGUGCCGGCCCAUUCGGCGGCAUUGUACCAGUCCAGAUGGCUGGUACCACCACGCCGGCUGCUGCUCGCCGCAACUUGAUGCUCGCCGUCAAGCGCUCCGACGACCUCCUCAGGAAGAUGAUCAAGCGCGCCCAGACCCCCUCAGCCGCCCCCGAGGACGACCCCGCCUACCUGGCCGAGCUCCGCGCCGACGGCGAGGAGAUCUAAACGUAUUAAUAUGGAUUCGGGGCUGUCAUGAGGGUUGAAACAGGGAACUGCGGAUGCAGGAAGGACAGACAUGAAAGGAGGCUGCUGACUCGAUGCUGAUGCUGAUGCCUGUCAUUUACGUAUCUGGAGAGGGCCUUGACUGCGUCUGGUCGUCGAUAGUAUACAAUUCCAUU